AUUAAAUUUCUUUGAUAUUACACUUCAUGAAUUAGACUCACAAUUAAACUCACAAUUACGAAAUAUAAUAGCACACAAUAAAUGCGGAGAGUACAGUAAUUACUCUUGUUUUGCAGUCCUUGCCUGAUGGAAGGAGGAAGAAGAGAAAAGUCAUCCCAAGGGAAUUAGGUAAUCGCUGUGAAGGUCGCAAUGGGGGUGAUGCAUUUGUAUCGCGGCUGGAGCAUGGACAAAUGCAUCCUGAUUUCAGAUUUUCGUGUUUAGAGAAAUCAGUAAUUUACCGAGAAAACACACCUGUGGUCCUUACCAAACAAAAACAAACUGGGGCUCUUGCCAUACAAAAACAAUCUGGGGCUCUUGCCAUACAAAAACAAUCUGGGGCUCUUGCCAUACAAAAACAAUCUGGGGCUAUUGCCAUACAAAAACAAUCUGGGGCUAUUGCCAUACAAAAACAAUCUGGGGCUCUUGCCAUACAAAAACAAUCUGGGGCUCUUGCCAUACAAAAACAAAUUGUUGUACUUACCAAACAAAAACAAACUGGGGCUCUUGCCAUACAAAAACAAACUGAUGUGCUACUUAGCAAACAAAAACAAACUGGGGCUCUUGCCAAACAAAAACAAACUGAUGUGCUACUUACCAAACAAAAUGCAUCUGGGGCACUUGCCAAACAAAAAGAAACUGAUGUGCUACUUAGCAAACAACAACUAACUGUGAUACAAAAAGGGAAUGAGGUACUUCCCAAACCAUCUGUGGUACUUGCUAAACAAAACAGUGAAACCAUCAAAAUGAGGGAAAGUAAAAAGUCUGAAAACCCCAUGCCAUUGUGCUUGAAUGAAACAAGACUUUCUGAAAUUGCGUUUACUUGUUCAACUGACUCUUUGUAUAAGAAUGUUGCUCUUAUAUCAUGUACAACUUCUGAUAUCCCUAAUAACAAUGCAAAACAUCACAAUGUACUUACCGAACAAAUUCAAGACACCUUGGUGACUAAAUUAGCCACACUGUUAUUACCAAGCGCUAUUGUGAAAUCUGAAAAGAAGAGACUGAGAAAACUUACAAAAGUGAAUGUGUCACCCAAUGUUGAAACUAUCACAGAAACUAGAGAUACUUUGUUAGAAAACUGCACUGAUACUCUGGGAAAAUCUCAACGAAUUAUUCAAGAAGUAAAAUGUUUACUUACUAAUAACAAGAACAUUCUAAGAUCCCUUUCAAAAUCAGAAAAGUACUGGCGCAACAAAGUGAGAGGACAAGAAAGGUCAAAAGUGAUUAGAAUGAACACAUCUAGAAACAAAAUGGAACAACACUUAAAAAACAAGAGAUGUGUGCAGUAUUUUCUUACGAACACUCAGAAAUUUUCAAGUCGAAAACUUGGAAGGAAG